AUUAUUAAAACUAAAGAUUUCCAUGUAAGAAGAAGAUGAAAAUACAACUGCCUUGGUAAGAACCAGAGAGAGAAUGAAAUGGAAACUGUCAUGGAAAAUAAUUAGGGAACGCUUAAAGUCAAAAGGGAAAAAGCCAAUUUAAAAUGAUAACUAUCAGAAGAAUCCACCCAUAGAUUCUGUAAAGAUGAAGAAGGAGGAAAAGCGAGGCUGCAGCUUUGAGUCAGGUGAGUAUUACAGUGGUCCUCACAAAGUCAGUCUUGUUCUUGCAUUAAUGUCAGGCUCUGUAAUGCGAGUGGGGAAAGGAAGGAAGGUGAGAAAAGGCCAAGCAAGAAAGAGGGAGUGAGAACAGCAGCCUGAUAAAAAAUGAAUAAAUUGAAGACUGAAAAAUAACAGCCUUGCCUCUGCUGAGAAAUAGUCUUCAUCCAGGAACACGUCACAAAGUAGAAGGCAGCGCUGCUAUGCCUGCAUCCGUCACGGGCAGAGUGACAGCGGCUGCUGGCAUGGAUGGUGGCGUUGAAGUGCAAGGUGGACUCGCACUCAGCUCCCAGCUUCUGGAAGCAGACUGCAAGUUAGAGUUCCAAACAUCGCUUCUGUCUCCAUCCACACAUUUACCCCAAAGGCUGACAGAAAAGAAGUUCCUUUAGUUUUUGCUUAGAGAAUAUUCUCUUGUGGUUCACCUCUGCUGUUUAAUUUCGGUGGUGCACAUGGUUUCCUUUCCCUCAUUACCCGUUUUCAGCUUCAAACACUCAUACCUUAAUGUGUACCUCUGUCGUUUCAUUUUAUAAACCUUGCCCUCCCUCCUUGCCCUACCAGCUCCACUGCUAGUUGUAGCCCGGGGAAUAUGUAACGCAUCCCCUUUGGUGCGACUGAUCCUCUUGACCACUGAGAGCCCCUUCACUGCAGCCAGCAACAGCCCUGGGCACAUGCAGCUUCUCGUGGCUCAGAUGAAGAGCCCAGCGCUGCGGGUCCCCUGUGUUUUUCCUGCCACUCCUCCCUACCAGCGUGGUCAUUUCGUGCCCCUUGCUUGCCUGGCAGUCCUCGUGCCUGCCCUGCUCCGAGAGCUGCUGGCAUCAGCAUUCCUUUCCUGCCAUUGCUACAGGUCUCACCGAGCUGCAUAAGGGCUCCUGGUGCAAUGACUGGGAAGAAGUAUAGCUGGCUUUGGAAGCUGGCCUUGUCUAGACGGCAGUUCAGCCUAUGGACUGAACUGUAACAUUUUUCUGCAGAAAUCUCACAGAAAAUAGCUGUGCCUUUUUAAUGCUGCUGAAAGGCAUGCUGUGCUAAAGUCCGUACAAGCCUACCAGAACUGGCAGUCCUUGUCAGGAUUUGGUCCGCUCUUUUUACUGUAAGUCUUCCAAAAACAAGCUUUGGGUGUCAAGCGUGCCAUUUUCCCCCAAGCUGGCUCUUCCUAAUACCAUUCCUGUGGAGAGGGAGGAGGCUGGUUUUGCUUAAAAUUUGCUUAAAGAAUAAAGAAUAACUUUGCUAAUCUUGUAUUGAUGGGUGAAAGGUAGUCUGCUAGUGAGAGAGACCUAUCAUGUGUGAAGACAGAAGGCUCAAGAUUAUAAGGCAGCUCCAAAUAAAAGUACAGUUUUUCACUCCCUUGCGUUGCCUGCCGGUGCAGGAGCUGGCAGAGGGCUGGCUGGCCGAGAGCUGCUUUUGCGGCUCCUCAAGAGUCGAGGUGACUUAUUGCAGUCUCCCGUUAAAAACCUUCACCUGCCAAGUCGAGAGAAAGGAUGAGCUUAUUUGAACUUGACCAGGCUUUAAAAUGUCACUUUCGAAGACUCUGUGUGGUUACCAAUUUUUAGUGACUUUCCAAGGAAAGCCCCCCCCCCCGCCCCCGCUACGAACAGGUUCUCCCUGCUUUCUCAGCAGCGGUUCCCGUCUCGCUUCCCCCGCCCGAGAAGGGGCUUCCUUUGGCGACCCGGAGGGGGACCCCAACGGGAGGAAGCGGGAUGCUGCAGGCGGGAUGCCGCCGGUAGGCUCGAUGGAUGCUUUUUCCCUGGGAAGCCGUAAGCUUUUGGGGAGAGAAAAGCAGUACUGCCCAGGGGGGUGGCCUUGCACCGACCUCCCCGCUCCGGGAGACGUGGGGUUUCCUACGGGUCUCCCACGUUAGUGUCGGGUCGGGCCGGUCGCGCUCCGCCGCGAUGCUGCGGGCGCCCCGCGUUCAUCCCCCGGGCUGAAAACACCGCGCUGCCGCCGCCCGUCCGUUCACCGCCGUCCCCCCCCACCCCGCGCUGCGGUCCUCCGUGGGGUUUGGAAGGGUUUGCGGGCGACGGGGAGGGGGGCUUCCCACCCCUCGCUGAGCCGGGGCGUGCUCCGGGGAACACCGCGGGGCGGGUCUGGGGGGACACCGGGGGCAGCGGUGUGGGGGGGGACACCGAAGCCGGCGGCGGGGAGGGGACAGGAGGGGCGGGGAGGCGGGGGGGACACAUCGGGGGCGGCGCGGUGGGGACAUUCCGGGGGCGACGCGGGGGGAGGGGGGGGACACACACGACACGUCGGGGGCGGCGGCCGCCCUACCGGGAGCGCGUCCUGCCUCCGCCCGCCCCCUGCCUCCCUCCGUCCCGUCCCCCCGCCGCCGCCGCCGCGGCGGGUGGCCGGGCGGCAGUGCCGCGGGCCCCGGCGGCGGGUCCGUGCGUGGGGAGGAUGGUCCGGUGGCGGGGCCGGGCGCGGGGCGUCGCGGUGGCGGUGGCGCACGGGCUGUGCUCGGGCUCGCUGAACAUCCUGCUGAAGUUCCUGCUGGCCCGCUACCACUUCGCCUUCCUGACGCUGCUGCAGUGCCUCAGCAGCGCGGCGGCGGCGCUGGGGCUGGAGGCGCUGCGGCGGCGGGGGCUGGCGGCGCUGCCGCCCUUCGGGCCCCGCCUGGCGCGCCCCUUCGCCGCCGUGGCCGCCCUGGCCACCCUGCAGUCCACCCUCACCCUCUGGUCGCUGCGCGGCCUCAGCCUCCCCAUGUACGUCGUCUUCAAGCGCUGCCUGCCCCUCGUCACCCUCCUCACCGGCGCCCUGGUGCUCCGCGACGGCAUGCCCUCGCCCGGCGUCCUCGUCGCCGUCCUCAUCACCACCUGCGGAGCCGCGCUGGCCGGAGCUGGUGACCUGACCGGGGAUGCUAUGGGCUAUGUGACAGGCGUGCUGGCCGUGCUGAUACACGCUGCCUACCUGGUGCUCAUUCAGAAGACCAGUGUAGAUAGUGAAUACGGACCCCUGACAGCUCAGUACGCCAUCGCUGUUUCGGCCACCCCUUUUCUCAUCAUCUGCUCCUUUGCCAGCAUGGAUUCCAUCAAUGUCUGGUCCUUCCCAGGCUGGAAGGACCCUGCCAUGGUAUGCAUCUUUAUCGCUUGCGUCCUGAUUAGCUGUGCCAUGAACUUUACCACCCUUCACUGCACUUACAUUAACUCGGCUGUGACCACCAGCUUCGUAGGGGUGGUGAAGAGCAUAGCAACUAUCACGGUGGGCAUGGUGGCGUUCAAUGAUGUGGAGCCCACAAAGUUAUUUAUAGCCGGUGUUGUGGUCAACACCUUGGGGUCUGUCAUUUACUGUGUGGCCAAAUACAUUGAGACCAGACGGCAGAGCAAUUAUGAGGACCUGGAGAAAGAAGCUAGAGAAGAGGAGGGGAAAAGGCAGGCUGGGGACCAAGCACUGUUUGCGAUGGAGGCGAUUUCCCAGGAGAAGGGAGCUGAGGAAGCAGCAGUGGAAGGAUCAGCCACGGGGGACAGCCGGAGCGGAGAGGAAGAGAAGGACGGCACUGAGAAACCUGCCAAGGGACUGGCAGUCCAGGGGAAAGCCACCGGCACACAAGAAGUGAACAGGAGCUCGCUGAAGGAUGCCUAUCUUGGAGUAUGGAGGUUGGUGAGGGGUGCUAAUUAUAUAAAGAAGGAUUAUUUGAUAGAAAAUGAAGAGCUACCAAACCCUUAAAAAGCAGGUUUGAAAACCUAUUGCUUGAGGACAGACACCUGGUUCUCUGUACAGGGGGGAAGGCAGAGCAUACAUUUCCACAUCAAUGCUGACAGAUCCAAAUCACGUAGGAUGACUUUACCUCAUUGUCAAAAAGCAACAGGUCAGAGUUUGCUCAUGCUUUGGGCUUGCUUUCAGCUGCUUUCAAUACAUCAGUUUAGACCCACCACAGCUAAAGGUGCCGAGUCCUCUGCUGUGGCCACAGAGAGAGUUGGGUGAUGGGCAGUCAGGGGGUGCUUGCCCAGCAGCCUGGGCCAUGGGGGACAUCAGUACCAUGACUUAGUCGGCAGUGCCGGUGACAGGGCACUGGCCUGUAGCUUAGCUUGUGUCUGGAGCCUUGUGAUUUUAACACCAUUCAGAGGCUCUGUCAAUGUGCUUCCGUAUCUCUGUUUGUCCAAUUAUAGGUACUCUUUAUAAAUAUAUUCCUACAAUAUAUAAGCUCUUAUUAUUAGUAUUAACUAUACUUUUAUGUGCUCCUCUGCGUCAGUACAAUUGCAACAGAGCUAGAGGUUGUGCCACUUCAAUUAUAUUGGUGUGAAAUCACCCUCUUAGCUGAAGAAUUGAAACUCUCCGAUUCUGUGGCCAGGCUGGACCUUGGACCUGGUUUACAUUGGGUGGUUUGUCUCUUCAGUAGAAAUAGUUUUGUGUUAGGGUGGUGUACAUGAGAGCAGAACCAGAUCUGAGCUUUUGAGAAGCUUUGGUUAGAAAAAGAAGGAUGUUUUUCUAUGAGCUUUAACUACAUGUAGCAUUGGGAAUAUUAGCUUGACCCAAAUGAAGGAGUUUGGAAAUGUUAGUAUGUAUUAAUUUGAUUCGGGAGGGCUAUAAAAAAAUUAGGGAAAAAGCGUGUGCCUUGUGCUAUCCCCUCCUUGUACCCUAAAGUCGGGGGAAGCAGAGCCUGGACUGGAACCUAGGUGUCCUCUCCAUCUCUCUCUUCCAGAAGCACAGACUGAUAGCCAAACUGGGGACACCAUCUCUCUGGGCUUCCCAGGGCUGCUUUUGUGGGACAGUUUUGCUGUAUCCUGGCCACAUGUUGGGACAUGGCUUUGUGCGUAUCAGCCCUCCCUGUCCCCGUGCUGGGGUGUGCGGUGGAAGAAAGGGCAGGCAGGCAGGGAGCUGCAGUGUGCUCCGGCAGGUCCCGCAGCCGAGCGCUCGCAGGCACCAAGAUGUCGGUGGCUUUGGUGGAACCUGCUCCCCUGUGCCCAGACCGUCCCCACGGGCUGCGAGGGGCAGAGCUGCCUCUCCCCCCUGGCCGUUCCAGCAAUCCCAUGGGAAGCGGGAAGCAGGUGCUCCAGCAGGGCCUCUACUGAAUAUACUGGUAUUUUGUACCAUAGAUGUUUAACGGGAAAAGCUGGGGAAACAGGCAUUUGAGUACUUCUUAGCCCGGGGACACCCUUUCAGGAGGCAGGGGUCCUUGGGUCAAACCUUUGCUCAGAACCAGGCAGAGAAGGGAUUUGACUGUGAGUCUUCCUCAUCCCAAAAGGGUGCCCCAGCCAUUGGGCCAUCUUGACCACAGGCUAAAACACAUUGUUAUCAUCUCCUGAAAAAAUGAACCAAGUUUGUUGUUGUUGUUGUUGUUUCUAUUAUUAUUAUUAUUAUUAUUAUUAUUAUUAUUAUUAUUAUUUAUUAAGCCACUGAACUGAAAAUCAGUUAUUCCCACAGCCCUAAUCAAGCAGUGCCUAGCCCAAUGCCUUCUCAAGCCAAGCAGGCAGCAUUAGCCUCGCAGCACGUUCAGCACUGAAAUCCAAAAUGAGCAAUUUCCCCAGCAGGGAAUAUUUGCAAAACCGAUCUCUAGGGGAGCUUUAGAUUCUUGUCAAUAAAUGCAGGCAGAGGCAUCGGGUGCGACAUUACGUUUUUUGAGUGAGUGCAGAAGUCGGGUGACCUGGCAUCACCCAUGAAUUUUGAAACAGAUGGCUAUAAAGACAUUCAGGCUAAAAGCCUGUAGCUGCUGAGCUGGGGGGACGGGACACGGAGAUCUCUGUACAUCACACAUUAUGUAUAGCUUGUGAGUAUCGAGAGAUUCUGGCUGUAUGCCAAAAUACGUCGUUUACUUCCUGCUCAAGCUCCACACAGCAUCUUUUGCAAAAAAAAGCACUAUUUUCUGUUUCUAGGCUAAUAUCAUAGGAUUUUUGUUAGUUUUUCAAAUGCAUCCUAAAGAAGUUUGUGCCUAUGACUUCCAGUUGCUGUAUUACUAAACUCGUUGAUACUGAACUUCACUGUAGUCGUACGGAUGGAUGAAGAGAAGCCCACAUUUCUGAUCUGUCCUCACUGUGCUCAGUGUUUUCUGUCCACAAGAAAUGUGGAUCUUCUUACCACCUGGAUGCCAGUCUUAGAUCCUGUAGCGCACAUUCCGUGUUUGGCACGUGCUGUAGAAAGCUGUCCCCCCCGGACCCUUGUUGCAGGACUUUUUCCUGGGGGAGUUCAGUGUUUUGCCGCUUACUGUUGUUGAAGUAUUAGUAGAAACUUGCGGAAAUUCGAACAGUUUUGACUCUUAAAAAAGCUGCUGUUACGAUGUUGUACGUUUGCAUGUGUGGUUGAAAUGUGAUUAUAUUGCAUUCUGUUUAUACCUGUAAAUUCCCUAAAUUAAAAUGGGAAUUUGGCAAAUGCAAUCCACUUUUUCAGUAAAAGAGACUGUCGCACAAUAAAAUAAAAAUACUGCCUCGUGCUGAGGUAUUUUAAUAGCAUUGGCGGAAGACUGCAGAAUGAGAUGUGGGAAUAAAAUGCGUUGC